GUCACACACAAAUUAGGAUUGGUAGAGCCCAUCCCUGCGCCCUGCCUUGCUGGCUCUGACCUCUCCCUCUCCCCCCUUCUCUCUCCUUCUCUUGUUGCUCCCCUUCUUUUAUUGGGUUUUUUGUCUCCUUGGAUUUGCGCUUGUGCUCACCUGGGCGCGUACUAGUUCUCGCAUCAGAGAGAGGAGAGACCUCUGAGCUGUUUCUUCGAGUCUUCAGGAUAGAUUGGGCAGAGCUGCCUGCCGGAAGAGAGUAAAAGAGAGCUCAAGGGGGGCGAAAGGAGAAUUUUUUAUCCAGCUUCCUGCUUGAUUCUCUUUGAUCCCGGAGAGCUGCCGCCAGUCCAACCAAUCCUUGCUGUUCGUGUGCCCGGGCUUUGAUUGCUCUCCAGAUCUGAGGCACCUGCUCGGUGGAUUCCAGGAAUCCGAGCACGAACUUGACAGGGAGUUCUCUGGGAAAAGGGGAAGAAGAGGCUGAAAGGGCGGUGGAGAUAAGAGCGAGCUGGGUCCCUUGAGGAUGCCGUCAAGAAACCGCGUGGAGGGGAGGGCGAUGAGAUGAGGGAUGCUGGCCGCGGUGAUGGAUUACUUCAGCUCCUGCUGGGGCCCGCGAUCUCUGGCCGGUCACCGGGGCAAGGGCUCCGACGCGGCCGGACGGCAGGAAGGUCUCCUCUGGUACAAGGACGCUGGCCAGCUCGCCACCGGGGAGUUCUCCAUGGCUGUGGUGCAGGCCAACCAGCUGCUCGAGGACCAGAGCCAGGUGGAAUCCGGAUCGCUCUCCUUGGCUGAGCCCGGCCCGCAGGGCACCUUCGUCGGCGUCUAUGAUGGCCAUGGCGGCCCGGAGACAUCCCGGUUCAUCAAUGACCACCUCUUCAACCAUCUCAGGAAAUUUGCAACUGAGCACAAGUGCAUCUCAGUGGAUGUGAUCCGGAAGGCUUUCCAAGCAACUGAGGAAGGCUUUCUUUCUCUAGUCAGCAGGGAAUGGUCUUUGAAGCCUCAGAUUGCAUCAGUAGGCUCUUGUUGCCUAGUGGGAGUAAUUUGUUCUGGGACUCUCUAUGUUGCGAAUCUCGGUGACUCACGUGCAGUUCUCGGAAGACUUGUUAAGGCCACUGGAGAGGUUGUGGCCAUGCAGUUGUCAUCAGAGCACAAUGCAUGCAAUGAGGAAGUUAGACAAGAGCUACGGUUAGCACAUCCCGAUGAUCCACAAAUUGUGGUUCUAAAACACAAUGUUUGGCGUGUGAAGGGUCUCAUCCAGAUCUCAAGAUCUAUCGGUGAUGUAUAUCUAAAGAGACCGGAGUAUAACAGAGAACCUCUUCAUAGCAAGUUUCGGCUUCGAGAAACCUUCCAGAGGCCAAUUCUUAGUUCUGAUCCUCAAAUUACUGAACACCGAAUACAGCCCAAUGAUCAGUUUGCUAUAUUUGCUUCUGACGGGCUAUGGGAGCACCUCAGCAAUCAGGAAGCAGUUGAACUUGUCCAAAAUAGCCCCCGUAACGGAAUUGCUCGAAGGCUAGUGAAAGUCGCGAUGCAAGAAGCAGCCAAGAAGAGGGAGAUGAGAUAUUCAGACCUCAAGAAAAUCGACCGCGGGGUGAGGCGGCACUUCCACGACGAUAUAACUGUCAUUGUGGUAUUCCUCGACUCAAAUGCCAUGAGUAAAGCUAGCUGGAGCAAAAGCCCCUCGGUUUCUCUCCGAGGGGGUGGUGUUACCCUUCCCGCAAAAUCCCUUGCGCCUUUCUCAGCUCCGGCACAGCUGAACAGCACCUACUGAAGACGCUAUACUGGAAAGAAGGCAGAACGCAGAUCUGCAGGAGAUGAAAGCUGCUCUGCAAUCAAGUGUAGUGUAACACCUGCUGUGGUGCCCUUCGCGAAACUACUGUCUAGACUCCGCCUGGUAAUUAGUGUACUGAUAGCGAGGUAUAAAAAUAGAUUAUUUCGUAGCGACGCAAAUCCUUUUUUUUUUCUUUUGGCCUUCUCUUUAUUCUUAUCCCUUUUCUCUUCAUCAUCCAUGAGAGAACAGGUGGUUGUAAAUUGUCCAGAACAUGUUUUCCGUAAUAGUCCAUCAUAUCCCGCUUUUUUCGUGUUGAUAUGAAGGCGGCAGCAUCA